AUGGCAGGGGAGGAGGAGCAAUACGCAGAUCAGACUCUGGGCCAGGUGCUGUCGUUCCUGCAGGCCCACUUCCCAGACGCGGCUGAAGCAGUGUUGAAGCAGCUUAACCAGGACCUGCAAGGACCCCAAGAGGAGGAGGAGGGGGGCGAGCUCGCGGACGAAGAGGACGGAGAGCCUGGUGCAGAUGGCGCGAGCAGCAGCAGCGGGCGCGGAGAACACGAUGGCGAGCAUCGAGCGAAAUCGGCAGAGGCCGUUGUGACACGGGAUGAUGAAGACCUGCUCAAGCAGGCGGAGGAAGCGCCGCUGCGGCGCUGGCAGAGCGCCGAAGCGACGCUGACCCGAAGGCUGAGCGGCUCGACGCGGCUGUAUGAGGACCCGGAUGUGGAUGAGUACGAGGGGUACGACGACGUCGGGUAUUGGCGGCGCGAGGUGUCGCGGCAGGACGAGUUUGCGGCGCAGCACCUCGAACGCGGGCAGGACGACGAGUCCUCCGUUGACAUACUUCGCGGCUUGGGCCUCCAGGGGACGGGCGCCAGCAGCAGCGGGGGCGCCACGCCCGCGUCUGCGAGCACGCCUGGCGCAGGCAGCCCCCCAGGCGACGGCAGCAGGAGCCCCUCAAGCUCUGCCAGUCUGUCGUCUCCUGGAGCCCUGCCAUGCGUGCGGGGCCCCGGGGACGCCGACGCCGCCGGCGACGACGGCGGAGGCGGCGCUAGCACCGGCGCGCCCGCAGCGGACAGCGGCGGCGGCGGCGAGGAGGCAGCCUGGGACGAGGGCCCCGCGGGCAUCACGUUUGCGGAGCCGGUGACGACGCCAACGAAGGACCCCAGCCGCCGCAGCAGCGCGUCGGAGGCGAAGCCCGGGCUGUCGCGGGUCGAGUCUCUGUCAAACAGCUUCAUUGACGAGCUGGACAGCGAUUUCGAAGGCGGCGCCGCGAACUGGGGGGAGGAGGACGCCGGCGCGCCGGGCGCGGCGGGCGGCGGCGGGCGCGGCGGCAGCUUCUCGGGCGGCGCGAAGCGGGGUGGGGCGGAGGGGCUGGGGGACGGCGGCGGUGGCGGCGGCAGCAGCGGCGGCGGCGUGGUGAUGCUCGAGGCCGUGAUUACAGACGCGGAGAUUGAGUUUGCGCUCCCGCCGCCGCCCGCCAAGUCUUUCGCUCCGCGAGGCAGCAGCAACAGCGGGGAGGCGGACGCGUCGCGGGAGCAGGCCGGCGCCGCCGGUGGCGACGGCGGCGGGGGCCCGGGAGCAGGGGCGCCGGCGCCGGCGCGUGGCGACGCGCCCGCUGGCGGCGGCGGCAGCGGCAGCAGCGGGGACCUGCCCGGAAUAUUCGACAUCGCACUGCGCAUGGCGGCGGGCAGCCGCGCGAGCUCGCUUGAUGUGCUUCACGGGUCAGUGCUGGGCGGCACCAGCGACGUCGGCAGCGAGCGCGGCUUCGUGCUAGGGCUCGGCGGCGGCGGCGGCGCGGCGGGGCAGGGCGCGGGGGACCACCAUUCCUCGCCGCCCGGGGGGCCGGCGGCGCCGCGGCCGAGCCCGCUGGGGCUCGGCGGAGGCAGAGGCAGUGGCGGCAGCGGUUUAGGGGACAGUGGCGAGGGCAGCAGCUGGAUGGGGCCGCUGCAAAGUGAGUCCAGCGCGAGCGCGUUUGGCAGCGCCGCGGCGCAGGCCGGCGGCGGGUUCAGCUUCCCGGUCACGCCGCCCACCCACGAGGAAGAGGAGGUGCAUGAGGCGCGCGCCGAGCGCGUGUUCUCAACGUGGGCCAGCAGCCACAGCCGCACCGCAGAGGAGGCGCCGGACCUGGGGCCAGGGCCGGGGCCGGGCCACGGGCCGGGCGGGGCCGGGGGCGCAUCGGAUGACGAAGACGGCUCCCACCAUGGCAAGCACGGCGGCGGCGGCGCCGUGCUGCCCUUCUGCACGGCCGCCCUCGACACGGGCGCCCCGCUGCGGCAGGGCAGCAGCGCCAGCGCGCAUCAGCUGGACACAUGGUGGGAGGGGCCGGCGUCCGCGUCGGCGGCGGCGGCAGCGGCCGCGGCGGAGGCCACGCGCAGCAAGAGCCUGGUGUCGCACCAGCUAUCGCCGUCGCAGUCGCGGCGCGCGACGGGCAGCAGCUGCGACAGCUCAAUGGCGGUGGUCGCGCCGCCGCUGCCGCUGCCGCUGCAACGGCAGCAGCAGCAGCAGCAGCAGCAGGCGGUUGAGGGCAGGGCUGACGGACGCCCUCCUCAGUUGCCGCCGCCGCCGUCACACCAGCAGCAGCAGCAGCAGCAGCAGCAGCAGGAGCAUCCAGUGCAGGGGCCUGGCAGUGCAGGCGGCAGCCCUGGCCAGCCACAGCGAGUGCAGGGGUCAUCCAGUGCGGGCAGGAGUUCCAGCCAGCAGCUGCAGGCGCAGGGGCCCGGAAGUGCAUCGGGCAGCCCGGGCCUGCAGCAGGGAGCGAGACAACGGCAGCAGCAACAGCAGCAGCAGCAGCAGCAGCAGGCAUCACCCAGCGCGGGGGGCGCGGCGCGGCGGCCACCUGUAUCGCUGGCGCGGCCCCUGUUUGUGAGCGAAGAGGAGGAUACGUUCUGCACGCCCGCCGCAAGCGGCGCCGGCAGCAGCACACAGCACUCGUGUCAAGCCGCAAGCGACGCCGGCCGCGCCGGCGCCAGCGGCAGCCCGGCGGGCGGUGGCGCCGACGACGGCAGCGUGAGCGGCGGCGGGCGCGCGGGCGGCGGCAGCGGCGGCGUCGGAGCCGCCCGGGGCGAGGACGAGGAGGGUAGCUUAGGCGACCCGCAGGGGGCCGUGCUGUCCCCUGCGGCCCGCAGCGCCAGCGACCGCGCGACCGACAUCACCGACACGCCCGGGGCCCGAUACGUGGUGGACGAGUCUGGCAACCUGCUGUACGAGUACGACCCAGCCUACAUUGACGCCAAGUAUGAGGUGUUUGACCUGAGGGUGGUGCACAGGCGGCGGCGCACAGGGUUUGAGGAUUCCAAGGAAUUCCCCAUCCGCCGCAACGACCUCAUCGCGGGGCGCUACCAGGUGAUGGACUUCCUUGGCAGCGCGGCGUUCAGCCAGGCGGUGCAGGCGCUGGACGUGGCCACGGGCGGCCUGGUGUGCCUCAAGAUCAUCAAGAACAACAAGGACUACUUUGACCAGUCCUUGGACGAGAUCAAGCUGCUGAGGUACGUCAACGGCCACGACCCCAACGACGAGCACCACAUAGUGCGCCUGUACGACUUCUUCUACUACAAGGUAACGGGGGCUUGA